UCUCCUCCUUGGGCCUUGUUGGUGGCGGAGAAAUGGGACUUCAUGUAGCACCACUCCUUGGUGGGUUGCUGGGUGAUGGCAAUUUUGCAGGCUCAGCGGGUGUGUCUUCCAUGGGCAUGCCUCAUGUUGAUUGGCUGCAUGGGUCAAUGCCCUCACAGGUUCUGCCCCAGCCAGUUGAUGCGGGUGCGGACCCUGGUGGCGCAGUAGUUAGUCAGGCUGCUGCCACGGGCUGGCCUUCAUUUUCUGAAGAGGUGGAUCAGGUUUUUGAUGAUGUUCCCUUGGGGGAGGCUGUCACUGUGGAUGAGGAAGGUGCGGCUUCCUUUCGUGAGCUUAUUACCUCAGUGAGAGAGUCCUUGGGUCUCCCCAUGCCCUCUUCUCUUGCUUCCACUCUUCAGACUGGGGUCGUGCGCACCUCUGGGACUUCACGUCCUGGCACCACUCCCUUGGUGCUGCCUCAUUCUCCUCUGGCUCUGGAGGUUUGCAGGGAACAACUGGGCUGUUCCCUGGGGAUCUCUAAUCCAGUUUCAGCUAAGUUCACCUUGCCCAGGAGGUUGGCUUCAAGGGCAGAGAGGUGGUACACUCCAGGAGGAGAUUUCUGUGGGGCUCCUCCUUUCUAUGAUGACCUGCUUCAUUUGAUGGAGAGUAAAGAUCUGUCUGUCUGGCAUAUGGCUACUCAAUUAGGGGAUAUUUUGAGUAGUCUGGUUGAUAUCACUUCCUGGACAGAUCAGGUUCUGGGGGACCUUGCUGGCCUUUCCAGUGCUGCACCCCAGAGGGGCUUGGACUGCCUGGGAGCUCUUGCCAGGGUAAAUUUAGAUAUAAUGCAACCCUAUGAAAUGCUCUGUUUGAGGAUGAUGAUGUUACACAGGCAGGCUGUGGUGAGAAACCUUCCUAAUACUUAUGGUGAUUGGGAGAGACGGCAGUUGAUGUCUUCCCCUGUUGGCUCCCACCUUUUUGAUGGUCAGACUCUUGCAGUAGUAGAGCAGAGGGAGCUUGAGUCCUCACAACGGUCACUCGUUUCCCAGAUUGCUUGUGGCCUGUCAUCCACAGCUCAGGGCAUCAGGGCUAAGGCUGAUCAUGCCAUUGGUUCCCGAUGCCUUGCACCAGUUGUGCCUCCUUCGGUUCCGCCCCCUCCUGCUCUUAAGGUGAGUGGUUCCUUUUGCUCUCGAAGAAUCUUCUGUGGCCACUCUAGGGGCCGUCGGGGUCUCGCUAGGGACGCUGCAGAGGUGCUACUGCAAGUUGGGCUUGUCUGCAGCGGCACUGGCAAGAGUGGGAGAGCAUCGGGGCCUGCGAGUGGGUGGUCAAGACCCUUUGGUAUGGUUUUGUUCUCCCCUUCCUCAGGGAUCCUCUCCUCUCGAGCACGCCUGUGGAGUUUCUGGCGUACAAGGGGGGCUCAGACCGUCAUUUGGCUCUGGAGGCUGCGGUUUCCGAGAUGCUGAUAAAGGGAGCUAUAGAACCGGUUGUAGACCCUCAGGCCGGGUUCUAUUCUUGCAUUUUCCUUGUGCCCAAGUUCACAGGGGGCUGGAGGCCGAUUUGCCACGUAAUCAUAGCUUGUGCAGUAUUGCACAACAUAUGUAAAGUCCGCAACAUAAAUCUACGAGUAGAUCCUGAGGAAGAGGAGGCAGCUGCAGUCAUCAAUGUGGUGCCUCCCCCUGAAGCACACAAGGGAUUGGCUGUGGAAGGACUUCCUCAAGAUGGUCUACACUAUAGGCAGCACUUCACCAACCUUACUUUUCAGUAUGUUGUUGCUAUUACACUAACAAUUCUAUACCAUAUACACAAUGAUCAUUGUACAGCACCAAUUCUCUCAAGAUUUCUUGUACUCAACCCACUAUUACAGAGCUGUUCCCUCAAAAUCAGUGAUAUUAUUGUUUUCCAGACAUUCCUUCAUUUCCUGCCUUUAUUCCUUAGUCUUAUUAUGUUUAAUUUUGUCUUUUCAGAAAUGUUGAGUCACAGAAAACACCACUUAUGAGAACUUCAACCUUCACCACAUAUGUACUGCCUGAGUUACUUCGUCUUCCUCCUCUGGCUGGUCCCACACAGAAGUCUGCCUUUUCUUGGGGGGUGGCACCUCACUCUCUUCUUCAAGAGCCUCCAUCACAAAGCUGUCCUGCGGUGGACCUUCAGCAUCAGGCAGAGGAAGAC